CUAGUUACCAGACAUAUGUUGCGUGUGAGCUUUGCGUGUUGUGACGUCUACUUCUACAAUUGAAAAAAAGCUCAAUCAAUCAUAUUCGGGAUCGAUUUAAGCCCUGAACAGAAAAAUCACAUAGCUUCCCGGGUCAGAAAGUGCGCUGAAAGCUUUCCAAAUGGCCGCGGAUUUGUCUAAUCUGAGCAUGCGCGGAGGCGUGCUGGUGAUGAAAAGCGUGUCGCUUUUUCUGGCGGGCACUAGAAACAGUAAAAGAAGCAGCGCCCAACCGGCCGCAAAAGCGGCGAAACCCCGUCGGAAGAAAAUGUCCGAGCAAGACAUCGCCUACAGAUGUUCAAUGAAAAUCCUAGAGGCGGCCAAACGUGACACCCUCUUCACAAGAAGCGAAAUCGAAGCACUGUAUAAAAUCUUUAGGAGAUUAGUUACCACGAAUAAAACGAAAUCCAGCCAGGGGAAGAUCAAGUCGAACGCGAACACUCCCUCUAUUAUCGGAAAACCCACAAACAUUCAAGAAGGAAUCGAUAGGAUCGUUUUCAGGGAAAUAUUACACAAUACUUUUGAUAUUGUUGCCGAAAAUAUGUUGAUGGAUAGGAUUUUUUGUGUGUGGGAUAAGGCGAAUUAUGGCUUGAUUACGUUGGAAGCUUGGUUGCAUGGGUUGUCACUGUUUCUUAGAGGAUCUACGAUAAGACAAAUCGAAUUCUGUUUCUCGGUUUAUGAUCUGAAUGCUGAUGGGUUCAUCACAAAAGACGAAAUGUUCCAACUUCUCAAGAAUUGUCUUAUCAAGCACCCUCAAGAGGAAGAUCCGGACGAAAGCGUGAAAGAUUUAGUGGACAUAGUAAUGCGAAAAAUGGACAAAGACAAAGAUGGGAAAGUGUCUUUAGAAGAUUUCCAGGGAACCGUGGUGGAAGAACCGCUACUUUUGGAAGCUUUUGGAAAAUGUUUGCCAUCAGAGAGGUCAAAAAAUACGUUCCUGUCAACCCUAAAAGCAUAAAUCGUCAAUUAAUAAAUAUUCAUAUUCAA